AUGUCUAAAAGGUCUGCAACAGAAGAUUUGGAUAAUACUACACAUACCUCGGUGAAAACUGAUAAUGAUUCAGUUCCAACUACCAAUGGAUCCGAGGAAAAGGACAUUGAUAUGGGAGAAUUCGAAGAUCCUUAUGGAGAUGAGUUCGAAAGUGAUGGUGAGAUUAUUGAAAUCGAUACCGAUGGAGAAGGUGAAGAUGAAGAUGAUAUGGAUGAAGAAGCAAUGCAAAAAAAGAUUGAAGAGUUAGAAAGACAAGAUCAAGAAACAGAAGCUCAAAAUUCAAUCUAUUUACCACAUAAAUCUAAACCUUUAGGACCAGAUGAAGUUUUAGAAGCUGAUCCUAGUGUCUAUGAAAUGUUACAUAAUGUCAAUUUACCAUGGCCUUGUUUAACUCUUGAUAUCUUACCAGAUAAUCUUGGUAACGAAAGAAGAACUUAUCCAGCAUCAGUUUAUAUUACAACAGCUACCCAAGCUGCUAAAGCCAAAGAUAAUGAAUUAAUCACUAUGAAAUUAUCAUCAUUAUCUAAAACUUUAGUUAAAGACGAAGAGGAUGAUGAAGAUGAUGAAGAUGAAGAUGAUGAACAAAAUGACCCAAUCAUGGACUCAGAAACUAUUCCUUUGAAAUCAACCACCAACAGAAUAAGAACUUCACCUCAUGCUGUUGAAACUGGUGAGUAUUUAACAGCUUUAAUGAGUGAAUCAGGAGAAGUCUUGAUUUAUGAUUUAAAAUCCCAAUACACUGCUUUUGAUACUCCAGGAUAUAUGAUUCCAAAGAAUGCCAAAAGACCAGUUCAUACUAUCAGAAAUCAUGGUAAUGUUGAAGGUUAUGGAUUAGAUUGGUCACCAUUAAUCAAGACUGGUAGUUUAUUAACUGGUGAUUGUACUGGUAGAAUUCAUUUAACUAAUAGAACCAGUACCAAUUGGGUAACUGAUAAAACUCCAUUCUAUGCAUCUGAUGCUUCAAUUGAAGAUAUUCAAUGGUCAACAGGUGAAAAUACUGUGUUUGCUACUGCUGGAUGUGAUGGUUAUGUUCGUAUUUGGGAUACCAGAUCUAAGAAACAUAAACCUGCUAUUUCAGUUGUCGCUUCUCAAAGUGAUGUUAAUGUUAUUUCAUGGUGUGACAAGUUAAGUUAUUUAUUAGCUUCAGGUCAUGAUGAUGGUACUUGGGGAGUUUGGGAUUUAAGAAAUUUCAACGGUCAAUCUCAACCAUCACCAGUAGCUCAUUAUGAUUUCCAUAAAUCUCCAGUGACUUCUAUAUCAUUCAACCCAUUAGAUGAAUCCAUUAUUGCUGUAUCAUCUCAAGAUAAUACUGUUACAUUAUGGGAUUUAGCUGUCGAAGCUGAUGAUGAAGAAAUUGCUAAUCAAAGAAAAGAAGCUCAAGAAUUAUAUGACAUUCCUCCUCAAUUAUUAUUUGUUCAUUGGCAAAGGGAUGUUAAAGAUGUCAGAUGGCAUAAACAAAUUCCAGGUUGUUUAGUAUCAACUGGAGGGGAUGGAUUAAAUAUUUGGAAGACUAUUUCUGUUUAA